UUCUUGUGUGUAAAAUUCUGGUAAAUAACAUCUCCAUGUAUGUCAAGUGAAAUUAGUCGUCUAUUACAUUAGAAGACAUCCGGAUCUCUUUUACCCUAAAAAAAAUAAAAAAAAAUACAUGAAACGUAUCUAGCAAGUCGCGCUAGUUGACUAUAGAAGUCUCGGUAUUCACUUUGUGUUUCUCUCACAAGUAACAACUGAACCAACAUAAAUACUGUAUAAAUCACUCUCACAAACAAAAACGCCUUAGCGGUUAAUCGAAGUUCAAAACUUCAAAUGACGGAGCAAACCAAGCUGAGCGUGCUCUGCAGCCUCUUCACGUGGACACAGCGGAGCAAGUCUGCGGCGAAGAAGCGCGCCAAGUUCCGCAAGUUCCUCGACGCCUUCUGCACCGACCACAACUUCUUCCCCGCCGUCCGCCUCCUUCUCCCGAACCUCGACCGCGAGCGCGGCUCCUACGGCCUCAAGGAGUCCGUCCUCGCCACCUCCCUCAUCGACGCCCUCGGCAUCUCCCGCGACUCCCCCGACGCCCUCCGCCUCCUCAAUUGGCGCAAGGGCGGCGCCGCCACCGGCCCCACCGCCGGCAAUUUCGCCCUCGUUGCCUCCGAGGUGCUGCAGCGUAGGCAGGGGACGGCUUCGGGUGGAUUGACGAUAAGGGAGCUGAAUGAGUUGCUUGACCGGUUGGCUUCCGCUGAAAACAGGGCUGAGAAAAUUUUGGUUCUUUCUACCCUUAUCCAAAAGACAAAUGCACAGGAAAUGAAGUGGAUUAUCAUGAUAAUCCUGAAAGAUCUAAAGCUGGGAAUUAGUGAAAAAAGCAUUUUUCAUGAAUUCCAUCCUGAUGCAGAAGACUUGUUUAAUGUUACCUGUGACUUAAAAUUAGUAUGUGAAAAGCUAAGGGAUCGGAAUCAACGUCAUAAGCGGCAGGAUAUUGAAGUUGGAAAAGCUGUGCGCCCCCAAUUAGCUAAGAGAGUUGCUAAUGCAACUGAAGCAUGGAAGAAGCUUCAUGGGAAGGAUGUGGUUGUUGAGUGCAAAUUUGAUGGUGACCGCAUUCAAAUUCAUAAAAAUGGAACUGAAAUACAUUUCUUCUCAAGGAACUUUAUCGAUCAUUCUGAAUAUGCACAUGCGAUGUCAGAAAUCAUAAUACAAAAUGUUCUUGUUGAUAGGUGCAUCCUUGAUGGUGAAAUGUUGGUGUGGGACACAUCCUUGAAACGUUUUGCUGAGUUUGGCUCAAACCAGGAAAUAGCCAAGGCAGCAAGAGAUGGUCUUGAUAGUGAUAGACAGUUAUGCUAUGUUGCAUUUGAUAUCCUUUAUUUUGGAGAUACUAGUUUGAUUCACCAAACUUUGAAGGAACGACAUGAGAUUUUGUGUAAAAUUGUAAGGCCAGUGAAGGGUCGUUUGGAAAUUUUGGUACCUAAUGCUGGUAUCAACAGUCAUAUUUCUUCUGGUGAACCUUGUUGGUCAUUUAUUGCUCAUAAUGUGGAUGAAGUUGAGAGAUUUUUUAAAGAAACCAUUGAAAAUAGAGAUGAGGGAAUUGUUUUAAAAGACCACAGCUCCAAAUGGGAACCUAGUGAUCGUAGUGGAAAGUGGCUAAAAUUGAAGCCUGAAUACAUUCAAGCUGGCUCUGAUCUGGACGUACUUAUCAUUGGUGGCUACUAUGGCUCUGGACGACGUGGAGGAGAGGUUGCUCAAUUCUUGGUUGGCCUUGCUGAGCGUCCAUCCCCAAAUACGCACCCUAAGCAAUUUAUCUCCUUUUGCAGAGUUGGUACUGGACUCUCUGAUGAUGAGCUUGAUGCUGUAGUGACCAAACUAAAACCUUACUUCAGAAAGUAUGAAUAUCCAAAGAAGAGGCCACCAAGUUUUUAUCAAGUAACUAAUCAUUCAAAAGAAAGACCUGACGUGUGGGUUGAUAGCCCUGAGAAAUCAAUUAUUCUGUCUAUAACCAGUGAUAUUCGAACUAUAGAAUCUGAGGUAUUUUCUGCACCUUACAGUCUCAGAUUUCCUAGGAUUGACAGGGUGAGAUAUGACAAAGCUUGGUAUGAAUGCCUUGAUGUUCAAUCAUUUAUAGAACUGGUACAUUCUAGCAACGGUACCACACAGAGGGAUACAGAAUAUGGCAGCAAACAGGACAGUAAACCAAAACGAUCGAAAUCCUCCACUAGGGGAGAAAAGAAAAACUUGUCCAUUGUUCCUUCUCAUUUAAUUCAAACUGAUGUUUCCAGCAUUAAGGGGGGCUCCUUAAUAUUUUCAAAUAUGAUGUUCUAUUUUGUUAAUGUGCCUCUAUCUCAUUCUCUCGAGUCCUUGCACAAAAUAAUUGCUGAGAAUGGGGGAACUUUUUCAAUGAAUUUGAAUAACUCAGUCACGCAUUGUGUUGCAGCAGACAGCAAGGGGUUUAAAUUUGAAGCAGCAAAGCGUCAUGGUGAUAUCAUUCAUUAUUCUUGGGUAUUAGAUUGCUAUGAUCAAAAGAAGCUUGUCUGCUUACAGCCUAAGUACUUCCUUUUUCUAUCUGAACUGACAAAGAAGAAGUUACAAGAAGAAAUUGAUGAGUUCUCAGACACUUACUACUUGGACCUUGAUCUUGGAGUCAUCAAGCAGCUCUUAAGCAAUAUUGAUAGGUCAGAAGAUGUCAGCACUGUUGAUCAUUAUAGGAAAAAAUACUGCCCAAAGGAUAAGUGGUCUUUCUUUUAUGGAUGCUCCAUUUAUUUCCACUCUGCAAUACCUUCAUUGAAAAGUGAUUGGCAUUUUAUAUUGCAACUUGCUGUGAGGAGAUUGAAGCUUGAAGUUCUCAUGGGUGGUGGAAAAGUUACCUCUAAUCUUACUUGUGCAACCCAUUUAGUUGUCUUGCUUGUGCCAGGAUAUCAGACUGACUUUGAACAAAUACAGAGUAGUUUCACUUCAGUAAAAAGAAAAAUUCUCCGAAGCAAGAGGUUGCAUAUAGUUAAAUCCCAGUGGUUAGAAGAUUGUUCUGACAGUUGCCAAAGAUUACCAGAAGACUCCUACAGUUUGAAACCCUGGGGAAUAGAAGAGACAACUGCUGAAGAUUGUGAACUGGAGUUGGGGUUAGAGGCUCAUCAGAGUGGAGAUAAUGUAGAAGACCAAAAUAUUUCUUUCUCCGACAAGGGAAUUCAACAGAGGAGUUCAAAAGCUGCAAGUGAAGACAGUAUGGCUUUGGUAUCUCAAGAGAAGGGUGGCAAAAGAAAAAGAGGAAGACCUGCAGGCAGUGGUAUCAAAAAAGUAAAACAACCAGCUGUCAAACAAGCUCGAAGAGCACGACCACAAAUUGCAAAAAAGCCUGCUAAAAUAUGUGAAUAUGAAUCGUCAGAUGAAAGUGAUUCUCAUGGCAAAAGACCAAUUGAGCAGGAGAUUGACACGAGAGCAGGAAGUCUUGAUUUUUACAAGAAACGUUCAGAACCACAGGAGACUGAGAAACGGGAAAAUGUCCAAGUUGCUGAGAUUGAGAAAAAUUCUGAACAAAAUAAGUUAGACAAGCAAAAGGACUUGAAUGACAAUGAACGUGAAAGAAUGUUGGUUCCUGAAAUAGAAAUGUCUGAUAGGCACAAUGAGCAAAACAAUGAGGUGACUGAGAAACUAGAAAUUUCAGCUGACCCCCUGCAAGCAAUGUUAUUUGACAUGAUUCCUAGCCUUGCCACCCAAAAAGUCGAGCAACCGAUGAAUCGAAGUGUUAGAGAAGAGAAGCUACCAGAAACCUCCAAUGCAGAAGCAGAGCCUAUGACUACAAAGAAAAAGAAAGUUAGCUACAAGGAUGUUGCCAGUGAGCUGCUGAAGGACUGGUAGAGCAUCGUCUUACAAAUGUAUUGCUAAGUUCUUAAUAUAUAGGCCAGAAUUUCUGUCAAACUAGUUGUUACCAAAUCUUAAGUAAAGUUUUAAUUGUCUUAGCUGGCAAAUUUGAUAUCUGAACUUUAUGUAGAUCAAGAAUGAAAGCCUUUAAAAAUGAUAAGUGUGAACUUAUGAAACUAAAAUUAUAUUUAAAUCUAAAUUUAAGAGAUGCA